GGCCAAGCAAGCUAAGUGAACCCAGCAGGGGUUACUGGAGGUACUAUGAAGGUACCUAGUUUAAUAGUACGGAACCUAUGACGUGUGGGGAAGUUUAUUUUUUGACGUCAAAUUCAAAAGUGGUGUGCGGACGCCUUCUUGAUCUACCUAAACCUUAGCAUUGUCUAUUACUCAAUCGAUCCGACAACCGCCGACCUUACACUUCAGCUGAAAGGGAAUCAAAAUUUGAUUCAGUUUUGUGAUACCAACCCUUUUCCGUUUCUUCCGAAAACAAGAAGCACAGGAAGCUUUGUUUACCCGCUCAGCCUGCCUUGCCCUACACGCGACCCAACUUUGGAACAGCUUGUCGAUCCAUCGAAUAAAAUAAUUCAUAUUCUCAGAUCCAGAUCCCUUGUGGAACUUUCCCCGCCAAGAUAACAAUAUUAUCAUCUUGUCGGUCUUGCGCCUUAUUCAUUUUCACGAAAGUUGAAUACCAGCUUUCGGACAUCAAGUUUAGGGGGUCUGGCCGACCACAUUAGGGUAUCAUCUCAACCCCGCCGUGUCCGCGAAUCUGUAGGCAAUCAGUUGGAGACGUCAUAAUGUCGGAAGUUACACCAAACUCCCAAGCCACUGGUUCUAGUUGGACCUCAUUCCUCAAAUCCAUCGCAUCUUUCAAUGGCGACCUUUCCUCCCUGACGGCUCCACCCUUUAUCCUCUCCUCCACGAGUCUCACUGAGUUCAGUUCGUACUGGGCGGAGCACCCCAGCGUCUUUGCCGCACCCGCACACGAAUCCGAUCCCGCCAAGAGGGCUUUGCUAGUACUGAAAUGGUUCUUGACCACUCUCAAGCAGCAAUACGCGAGCCGGAGCGAGCAAUAUGGCAACGAGAAGAAGCCCCUCAACCCCUUCUUAGGCGAACUAUUCUUGGGCAAAUGGGAAGAUAGUGCUGGUACAACCGAAUUAAUCAGCGAGCAGGUUAACCACCACCCACCUGCCACUGCCUACAGCAUUAUCAACCACCCUUCCAAAGUUCACCUCCAAGGGUACAAUGCUCAGAAGGCCAGCUUUUCCAAGACUAUCAAUAUCAAGCAGAUAGGACAUGCGGUGCUUACGGUUCCUGACCCUGCCGACCCUGGGGAGAAAGACACCUUCCUAAUCACGCUACCGUCGCUUCACGUCGAGGGGUUGAUAUUCGGCGCGCCCUUCAUCGAGCUUGACAGCGCAUCAUACAUCACUUCGUCGACGGGAUACACUGCCAAGAUCGACUAUAGUGGCAAGGGUUGGUUAAGCGGCAAGAAGAACUCAUUUACGGCAACUCUUUACCCCACUGGUAAGGAAAAGGAGGUGAUCUACAACUGCUCCGGUCAGUGGACGAAGGCAUUUGAGAUUCAUUCCGGACCAGUGAAGAAUAAUUCACCGAAGAACCUUCUUGAGAGUUGGGAUCCUACCAACAGCCCUAUCGCCGAGCUGAUAGUUGCUCCUAUCGAGAAGCAACAUCCACUUGAGUCGAGGCGCGCAUGGGCCAAUGUCGCUGCAGGUAUCUCGAAGGGAGACAUGGAUUACGUUGGCAAAGAGAAGACCAAGAUUGAAAAUGCGCAGCGUGCGAUGCGGAAGAAGGAGCAAUCUGAGGGCCGUGAGUGGGAGCGCAGGUACUUCGCCGCUGCAACCGAGCCGGAUGCGACGCUUGAGUCAUUGGCUUCCAAUGUUGGCUUGACUGCAAACGGCGAUGCUGACAAGACGGGAGGUCUGUGGCGCUUUGACGCCGCGAAGGCCGAGAAAGUGAAGAGCCAGGAGCUGAGCGAAGACGAAAUCACCCAGCUGGCUCACGAACUACUCGGCCAGUAGAUCCUUGUUAACUUUUACACAUAGCGAUGUUCGGAGUAAUUGUAUAGGGGUGGAAUGACAUUUAUUUCUAGAUGGUUAAGAUGAAUAAUAUUGUUGAGGGAGGAUAUGGCGUGGAGAUUGGAGGGGCGCUUGGUGGCUCUUUGGGUAGACCACUGAAUUGUUUAGGUGUGUAGCAAUGGCUUGAGAAACAUAGCGUAAUAAAACGAACCGCUCGUUAUUGCUAGUGAUAUUAACGAGUGAUAGGUAGUUUGUGAGCAAUAGACAUACGACUAGUCCUGACGAAGCCAUUAUGAAAUCCUGGAAACAUCUAUCUCC